GGUUGAUAUUAGUAUGUGUUAUUGAUUAUGCUUGCUUAAAAUGUGAUAAACUACAAUAACAUAUUAAUAAUUUAUAUAUUUUAUGUAAUAAAUACAUAAUUACGAUGAAAACGAUUGAAAACUCAAUAAAUUUUAGUACAUGUAUAUAUACAUAAUACGCGAAUAAUAUAUUUGAUCGAAUCAAUGAUCAAGAAUGCGCGCCAAAGAAUAUAUACAAAGGGGCGCAAGUUUGCAAUAAGGAUUUUACUGAGUUACUUAGAGAAAAACGUUUUGUAGAAAUAUAUUAAAAAAUGCCAUUGAUCAAAAAACCUAUGCGUUAUGCACACCCAGAAGGACAUACGGAUGUUUGUUAUUUUACAGGAGAAAGGAGAGGCCUUAUUACUUGUGGAUCUGAUGGAGAUGUUAGAUCCUGGUUAAAUUUAAUGGAUGAUGACCCAUCCGCAAGUUGUGUUUCAGAACAAGCUAUAUCUGUGAUAUCAAAGAAUGGAAAAAUAUUUGUUGGUAAUGAUAAUAACACAGUUCAAAUACUUAACUAUCCGGAUCUUGAAAAGGAAGGAAUAGUUACCAGAUAUUCAGCACCUGUGUCUGCAUUAGCAACAACAAAAAAUAGUAACAUUAUAGUAUCAGGAUCAUGCGAUAUGAGAAUACACGUCACUGAUAUUAAUACAUCGAAUAAUAUAGAGCUUUUUGGUCAUGAAGCUCCAAUAUUAGGUUUAUCAUUGGAUCCUAAAGAAGAAUUUGUGGCAUCGUCAAGCGCAGAUGGAUCAAUAAGAGUGUGGAAUAUUAAGGAAAAAUGUGUUGUUAAUAUUUGGAAUAAUAUUGUACCCAAAUGUAAUUCAUUUUUUACAGCAAAAGCAUAUUGUGUCCCGUCCUUUGAAACUAAAGAUGGAGGUUACUUAGCAUACCCACAUAUAAAAGAUAUAGUUAUAGUAGAAAGAUCUUCUUGGAAAGAAUUGUUUCAUUUAAAAUGCAUUAAUAUAAAAAGUGAAAUUAGUAUUUGCAAAUUUUCUGAAUGUGGUGCAUUUGUAGCUGCUAGCACUAUAAAUGGAGAAAUAAUUGUUUGGAAUGUAAGAACAAAAGAUUUGAUUGGCUAUAUUGAACAUCAGCAAAAUGCUAAAAUUACAUCACUGUCUUGGAGUCUAGAUGAAUCGGAUGAAAUUGCAUUUUGUGAUCAUUUAGGUCAAUUAGGAUGCAUUGAUGUGAUAUUCUGUGAGAAACCUGAUGGUGGUGAAGAAAAGAUAGAAGCAAAUGGAGAUGUGAAAGACAAUGGAGUCUACCUGCCAGAUGAAGAAGAUGUUGACGGGGAAAAUAUUAUAUCUUUAAAUAAUAUUAAAGCAUCUGUGGGUUUUGAAGAUGAUGAAAAAAGCCAUUCUGAUGUAGAAUCUGUGAAACCACAGGAGGCAACUGAUUUUACACCUGAAAUUAAUUUACAACCACCAUUUCAACCUGGUUCAUCUCCAGCACAUUUAUUAUCUCGUUUUAUGGUUUGGAAUGAUACUGGUAUGGUAAGAUGUUUUACUGCAGAAGAUGGGGAUGAAUCUGGUAUUGAAGUUGAAUUUCAUGAUGUUACAAUUCAUCGCAGCAUGCACAUUAAUAAUUAUUUAAGGCAUACUAUAGCAGCCUUAUCGCCAUAUGCACUUGCAUUAAAUUGUCCGUCAAGUAGCGAUACACGAAGUAAACUUGUUGUAAUAGCAUUACAGGGCUGGGGUUCUGGAAACAAAGAAUGGUUUUUGGAUCUUCCUGAAGAUGAAGAAGGACAUUGUAUUGCUGCUGGUGAUACUUUUGUUGCACUUUCAACGUCAAAAAGGAAUUUAAGAAUUUUUACAGUAGGAGGCACACAACGUGAAAUUAUAUCUUUAUCGGGUCCAGUAGUUGCAAUGAAUGCCCUUAACAAUGCUCUAGUAAUUGCUUAUCAUAGUGGAAUAGGUGCUUCGGGUGAUCAGAAUAUGAGUCUACUAUGGAUUCAAAUUCGUGGCUUAACUUUAUACAGUCGAAAAUUAUCUCUUCCACUGUCUCCUUCAUCAGAACUUAUGUGGAUAGGACUUACUGAUCUUGGGUCUCCUGUUAUUAUGGAUACUGAUGAUAUCAUUAGAGUGUAUAACAAAAAAUCAUCUCUAUGGAAAGUUGCUAGCGAUUUAAAUAGACAGUCUAAGGGCAGAGCUGAUCAUUAUUUCAUUAUUGGGAUCAGCGAACAGCAAAGUAUUGCCCGCUGUGUUUUAUGCAAAGGAAGUCAUUAUCCACCAACAACUCCUCGCCCUGUAAUAACAGAAGUAUCUUUAGUUCCUCCGGUGUGCGAACCUGAGAGCGAAAAGUCUGAAAAAGAAUUGAAACUAUGGAAAUUGGGAAGCAAUCCCAUAGAAGAAAAUGAAGCAGUGCUGGCACUAUUUGCGCUUGCUUGUCGAAAUAAUUUGGAAUAUCGAGCAGUGGAACUGUGUGAACAAAUUGCUUCUGAGAAAGUCAUAGAAUUAGCAAUUAAAUAUGCAAGAAGAAUAAACCGAAUGGCUCUGUCAAAUAAAUUAGAGUCUAUUGCUGAUAUAAGAGAAGAAAAACGGGACCAGGAUCAAGAAGAGAAAAAAAGUAGAGAUAAUGAUAUAGAAGAAGGCAAAAGUGACGAAGAAAUCCAAAAUGAUGAGAUUGAAGAAUCCACAAUUGCAUUAACAGUGCAAAAAGAAGCAGAGGUACAAAUUAAACCUUUGUCUAUGAGUGAAGCAUUAUCGAUGAAAAGAAAUAAUCCAUUCUUGAAAAGUGGAAACUCACCUGCAACCAAAGGAUUGGCUUUAUUGGAUAUUACUCCAGAAAAACCGCAAAAGUUAUCAGUACCAUCAUCCGCUCCUUCCAAAUUAAAGUCAAAGGAAACAAAAGAUGGACCAAAAAAAGAGACAUUUAUUAGUUGGUAUGCUAAAAACAAGAAAAGUUUGCAAGAAGAAUUUCCAGAGUUAAGUCCUGCUGAUUUAACAAAAACAGCUUUAACAAGGUAUAAGUCGAAGGUUGAACCUCCGCCAAAUGACGAUGUUACAGAGUCUUCAGAAUCAAGGAAAAGAAAGUUAAGCUCUGAUGCAUCCAUGGAUGUCAUACAAAAUGCGAUGGGUGUUAUGGGUCCAUGGCACAUUGUGAUUGCUGUGGCAUUAUCUCUUGUAAAAUUUCCAAUUGCUUGGCAUCAACUAUCAAUUGUAUUUCUUGCACCACCAACUAAUUUUUCAUGUGCUGCACCAAUAUCUACAACCAAUGAGUCCACAAUAAUGAAAUGCUAUGUAGAUACCGGAAAUGGUACUAUGGAAAAAUGUACUAGUUUUAAAUACGACAAACGCAUAUUUAAAGAAAGCAUUAUAACUCAAUGGGAUUUGGUCUGCGACAGAGAACAAUUAGCAAAUUUUGUGCAGACUUGUACAAUGCUUGGGGUGCUCAUAGGUAAUUUAGUAUUCAGUAUAAUGGCUGAUAGAAUUGGCAGGAAAAGACCAUUAAUGAUUGCGAUAGGAUUACAAUCAUUAACUGGAUUUAUUAGUGCAUUUGUCCCUUGGUAUGAACUAUUUUUAAUAUUUAAAUUUAUAUCUGCUAUAGCUACUGGUGGUACUAUGCUCAUCAGUUUUGUUUUACUUAUGGAGAUUGUAGGAGUUGAAUGGCGCUCGAUUAUGUCGGUACUCUUUCAUGUUCCAUUCUUGUUGGGUCAUUUAAUGAAUCCUUUGAUCUCAUACUUAACGCGUACAUGGGAUGGGUUCCAAAUGGCAAUUUCUAUACCUUCAAUUUUCUUGCUAUCAUAUUACUGGAUUAUUCCUGAAUCGCCAAGAUGGUUACUUGCUGUAGGUAAACUAUCAAAGGCAGAACAAAUCUUAGUCAAAGCAGCUGGCAGAAAUAAAAUACCUGUGGAAAAUGUUAAAACAGCAAUUGAGACAUAUGAAACUAAUGCAAGAAUUAAACACAAAGAAAAUGAAAAGACAUACAAUAUUACGCAUUUGUUUAGGACACCAAAUCUAAGACUGAAAACAAUUUGUAUAUGUAUUAAUUGGUUUGUUUGCGGUAGUUGUUUCUUUGGAUUGGCGCAGUAUAUGGGUUAUCUCGAUGGCAAUAUUUUUGUAAAUGUUGCUGUGUCAGCUGUUGUUGAAUUGCCUGGAACUAUAGUAGUCCUUGUCUUGAUAUCGCGUGUAUCCCGUUUAAGGAUUUUGAUAAGUGGCAAUCUUUUGUCAGGCAUAAGCCUGAUUUUAUUGACUGUGAUAUCAAAUUCGACUCUUACAAUAUGUUUAACUAAUUUAGGUCUCGCAGGAAUGGCAAUUAGUUUUCCAACUGUAUAUCUAUACAGUAGCGAGGUGUUUCCUACCGUAAUUAGAAACGUAGGUAUUGGAUUAGGAAGUGUUUGUGCAAGAACUGGGAGCAUGAUUGCACCUUAUAUUGCAACUAUGGGAAAAAUUAAACCUUGGUUACCACCAGUGAUAUUUGGUAUUGGACCAUUACUCGGUGCUGCGUUAUGCUUACUUUUACCAGAAACAAUGAAUUGCAUAUUACCUGAAACUAUCGAAGAUGGUGAAAAUUUUGGAAAGAAAAAGAAUAGAGAGAAUACAUCGAAAUGAUAUUUGGAUUGAAGAACGAAAGAAUUUUGUAAAUAUAAAAGACUUAUUUAAAGAUCAAAUUUCGAAUAUCAGAUUUAUUCUAAUAUUACACUAUACAAAACAUGAAGUCUGUUUUUAUAAUUUAUGUAACCAUCUAUUCCUCAUAUUUUUUAGAUAAGGGUAUUUACAGUAUUAUUAAACAUGUAAGUAUUUCUAAGAAAUCAUUUUAUGCUUGCCUCACUAAAAACUGUUUUUAUUAUGUAUAUUGCUUUGUUCUAUUGAAAGACAGAUCUUUAUAUAAUUUAAUACUAAAGCUAAAUAUUAUGCACUACUAUAUAUAUUACUUUAUAAAACAGUAAUAUACUGCAAUUAUUUUUUAAUUCUGAUUCAUUUUACGCUUUACAUCCUAGACAAUAGACAGAAUAGACUAGACAUCUUAUGAACUUCGUAUCCAAUGAUUUGAAAAAUUUAAUAUUGAAACAAGAAUAUGAAAAAGAACACAUUAUGUACUUAUUUAUUUAUUUGUAUUUAUUUGUACUCUGUAAGUAUAUAUAUAUACUAAUAGUUAUCUGAUUUGUUCAUAUAAAAAAAUAAGAUUUCUUUCUAGUAAAAUAUCUUAUGUUUAAAGCAUGCACACAUAUAAAAAUAAAUAAUAAUUAUAUCAUUGGAAGUAACCAAGGAGGUAUAUGUGGAAGACGGUAAAUGCUUGUAUAUUAGAAACUUCGCUGUUUCUUAAAUUUGACUUAAUUCGUAGUUUGACCCAUGUAAAAUACUUUACUAGGGAAACCAUGGACUACACCACUUGUUUUUCUAUGAACAGUAUCAAUUACAUGAUUGCCAUAUUUGACAGUAUUACUUAAAGAUCCCCACCAGGAAGUCAUCAUACUUUUGGGUGGUGUUUUUUCUGUAGUACUUAUUGUACCUGAAAUAUAACUUACUGACUAUUUUUCUGAAAGUGUAUAAUGUAAUUAUAUCAUGUAAAUAAGUUACCUAUAAAAAACUUCAAAAUGGCUUCAUUUACUAUGUCUGGUUUUUGUUGGUGUGGAAAAUGUUGUGCUCCAGAAAUGACUUUCACGUUAAAUUUUUCAACAUAUUCAGAACUUUGUAUAAUAUUUUCUAUUGUUACAAGUGGAUCCAUGUUUCCAGUUAUAAGUAAUGUCUUAGUAUAAAUCUGUGCAUUAGAUUCUGUAUUCAGUCUUAUGAAAGGAAGAUUUCUAUAAUAGUUAAUCGCACCUGUCCAGUCCUCUAUAGAAAGAAAUGUUUAUCAUCAUCUAUGUAUUUAAACAGAUAUUGGUUCACACUUUAUCAAUAUUUACCUUUUCUACUAAAUGCAUACUUAUAUGCUUCUACAUAAUUUUGUUCAGUACUUGUUUUGUUUACUAGAAGAUGUUGGAAAGUAUCAUUUAUAAUAGAUAAAUCUUCUUUAAGAGCAUCUAUUUCAGGAAGGAAUGGUAAUCUACUG